AUGUACGAGGGUGGCGCCAGCCGGCCUCCCCCGCGCCGCUCCAUGAGCUCUCUCGCUCUCGCACAAACAUUGCGACUCAAUACAUCUACCGCCGCUAGCCCUACAACCCUACACCCUACACCACCACCACCACAACCAAACACUCAUUUUCUUAAAUACCGCACUUCCGCUCACAACGGUAACGCACCAGCCGCGCACAAAGGUAAUGCACCAGCCGCUCACAACGGUAAUGUACCAGCCGCUCACAACGGUAAUGUACCAGCCGCUCACAACGGUAACGCACCAGCCGCUCACAACGGUAAUGCACCAGACGAUCACAACGGUAACGCACCAGCCGCUCACAACGGUAAUGUACCAGCCGCUCACAAUGGUAACGCACCAGCCGCUCACAACGGUAAUGUACCAGCCGCUCACAACGGUAACGCACCAGCCGCUCACAACGGUAAUGCACCAGACGAUCACAAUGGUAACGCACCAGCCGCUCACAACGGUAAUGCACCAGCCGCUCACAAUGGUAACGCACCAGCCGCUCACAACGGUAAUGUACCAGCCGCUCACAACGGUAACGCACCAGCCGAUCACAACGGUAAUGUACCAGCCGCUCACAACGGUAAUGCACCAGACGAUCACAAUGGUAACGCACCAGCCGCUCACAAUGGUAACGCACCAGACGAUCACAAUGGGUAUGCAGUGUGCAUCUUGUUAUCCUAA